AUGAUACUGCGAAUACGGCUGGGCAACCCACGGGUUGACCUGUCAGGUACACUCACCUUAUCUUGCCAUUCACAAAACAUAAGGUCGAUCUCUCUCGCAGACAGACGAGAAGACGGCUUUGUCACCACACGACACUCCCACCCACGCCGAUCGAUACACGCCCAUCCGACCCACAGACAUACAUAUCACACAUGCAUAUAUACAUACAUACAUACAUGCAUUCACACAUAUAUACAUACAUGCAUACAUACAUACAUGCAUACAUACAUACAUACAUACAUACAUACACACAUACAUACAUACAUACAUACAUACACACACACAUAUAUACAUUCAUACACACAUGCAACAGACGCCACAAUCAUGCGAAAAUUAUUGGCAAAGAGCCAAUUUAUUGUCUUGAGUCUCACAAUUGGUAAUGCGGCAAUUUGUAUGUGGAAGGGACCAACUGCAAGAGAGGAGAAUAUGUUGGGGAGGGAAGAUUAA